AUGUGCAUCAGAUAUCUUGGAUUUGGCCUCCUGAUUUGGUUUCCUGUAGCAAUUCAUGUGCAAACGUCCAACCAGCCUUGUCCAGCUCCCCGUCUGGAGGCUGGUUAUUGGGUCCCUGUACAAGACUUUUAUAAGCAUGAAACAAAGCUCCCUUAUGUCUGCAAUAAGGGACGUAAACCAGCAGCGGAGGGUUGGUGGGCCACCAGCACAUGUCUCAAUGGCAUCUGGUCUCCUCAACCACAAUGUAUAGAUGAAAAAGCCUGCAUUGCAGCAGAUAUAGCCAAUGCAAAAUACACAGAACAGCAAGGAAGUUGGUACGAGGAUGGACACACAAUCAGGAUAACAUGUAAUGAAGAAUAUGACCCUAAAGGCUGGAAGGACACAGCUAAAUGUAUCGAUGGAAAAUGGUCCCCUGUGCUGGUCUGUGAGAAAAGUCUCCGUGCAUGUGGAGCGCCCCCUCAAAUCCCCCACGCAGUCAUCAUUCUUCAGGGAUACCAGGACUUGUUUGCUGCGGGUACAGAACUGCAGUAUGAAUGUGAAGAUGGAUAUACUGUAGAGGGAGGAGACACCAAAACAUCCAUCCAUUGCAUCGCUAGAAAGUGGACUGACGGCCCGAUACUCAACGGGAUGCUGGACUGGGUGGCUCUGCAGAUGUGGGAGCAGCUGGCAGUGGGACACAACCUGAAGGUGGAGCCAGCAGACCGGGUACUGGACAUGGUGGAGGUUCAGCUGGCAGUGAGACACAACCUGAAGGUGGAGUUAGCCAGCAGACCAGGUACUGGACAUGGUGGAGGUUCAGCUGGCAGUGGGACACAAGCUGAAGGUGGAGGCAGAGGAACCAUAGCAGGUGGGCCUGUUGGUUCUGCAGUGGGGGGAACCGGUAGAGGGACACAGCCUGAGAGGGAAGUCAACAAUUGUGGACCUGCCCCGGUAGUUCCUAAUGCUGAUUUUGUGGGAAUUAGCGAAAUGGUUGUGAGGUACCAAUGCUUUAGAUUUUACAAACGAGUGGGUCCAGAGAUGGUGGAGUGUCAAAGAGACGGCACGUGGUCCAAAGUACCCGCCUGCAAAGGAUUCUUGCUAAGGCUGCAUCAUCGAGGGGAAGAUGCUGCUACUUUUGGAUUUGCUGAAAACCGCCUGGAGGCAUUUGAGAGAAAAAUGUAG